CGGCCACCAACAUUGUGAGGCUCUCAGUCAUAUAUGUGGUCUACAACAGCCCAGUAGGGUCGAUAACCUCCAAAGUUCAUAGAAGUGACUGCUCGUUGCAGCAUAUUCACCCUGUUUGCUAUACUGUUCACAGCUCUGCGGCCAAGCCGAUAUGUGCCCGUUAGGAGUAGGACAACUCAUCUUCUCAGCAAGUAAUGUUCCCAUGCGUCGUCAAUGUCAUACCUUCUAUUGCUUUAGGAGCUAGCCCGAUCCGUGGACUCCGCCUUCCCAUCACAGCCCGCAAGGAGAGUGCAGGUCUCUUGCCACUUAUCAUCCGUUUCUCUUUCCUUUCGAGAUGGCGGCCAACUGUCUGAAUGACUAUCGUCACUCAUUGAGGCAGACCUUACGCCAAAUGUUCUAGCCAGUAUUACUCACCAAACUUUCAUCGUACCCAUACCCUUAGUCGACACAUUCCUUAUCUGUACCAGAGAUAUAUCAUCGACUAUGCAUCGACUUACUUCCUUUAUAUCCAACCCGUUCCGCCGAAGGCAUCUUAGCACGGACGGCUCGGACGAUAGGAAUCAAAAGGAACAGCCAUCACAAGGAAACGAUGAUCCCUUGGACAUCGAUGAUUUUGGGGUCUUUUCUAAGACUGAAGCACGGGAUGCUUCCAACCAAUUGGAACAAACGUCGGCGUCUGGCCACGAAGCAGAAUCAUCCUAUCAAUUCGAAAAGCGAAGCACGGAUACAGAUUUGAAGCUGGUAAAUCUCACCCAUGUCAAAGUGUUCUCUCUCAAAGAGCCGCUCUCUGGGCCGCCUCCGUCUCCGCAACCCAGUGAGCUCGAGCCUGAUGCCGAGGAAGAACUGGCUAUGUGUCACACCAUCAAGCCGGACGAUGGACGCCUUUUCCAGGACUCACACUUGCUUCCAGAGGAGCCGCUCCAUCCUAAGCCUUCCACGCUGAGCCACUGCGCUCUUAUCGACGACGGUUCAGCCAUGCCUUCGCAUAUUGCUCGUCCAAAUCCCUCAACGUCGCCUACAAUUGCUCGAGCUCUACGUACACGGUAUGAAGCCACUGGACGCCAAUUCUGGGCCGAAAUUCUGGAUCAGGAUAAUGAAAAAACGGUCGAUAAACUAUACGGUAUCCGAUGUUCCAUAAAAGAACUGUUGGAACCAAUUCCUGGGGAGUGGACUCAGUAUGAUCUCUAUCUUCUCGGUAUAUGUCGCGAUCGCGACCUCCCUAAGGAAGAAACCAACUACAUCGGUCGGUUGCUGGAAAGCAGUUCUGCGGUUAAGAAGCUCCACCAUGAACUUCUCAGAGUACUUCACGCCGCCAAGCCACCUCGACUUCUGAGGAAGGUCGAUCUCUGUUGCCGUUGGGAUUCCUUUGGCGAUUCUGGAAAGAUGUAUGCGCCCCAACGCCCUAGUCCUCUUCGAAAGGAAUUAGAACCUCCACCGGGGUUCCCAAAGGAUGUCAGGACUCUCCACUGCAACCGACGUUCAUUGCAGAACGUGGCCUCCGCAACUAGCCACGACGAACCACAUAAUAAAACAACCGCUUCUUCUGCACGUUGGAGCCGCUGUGGUGUUCAGUUAGUUGUGGGAGUUUUGGAUGCGGAAGCUCUGGCCGACAUAUUUGAUACAGGUAGCGUGGGACGAUUAGAACAACUCACCAGAGAUAAGGGUAGCUAUUCCUUAGCUUGAGGUUAUGUGUGGUGAUUGGAGGCGGAGGUUGUAUAUGAUCUGUCCAAGUGCACCUGAUCGGCGCAUGUCUGAGCGCGUCCGUCGAGGGCGAGUGCCUUCGUUUCCAUGGUCUGUCGCAUGUCACACUCUUUUUCUGUCCUAACAGAAGUCAGUUUAGGACGUUCAAUACACGUA